AAGAAGGGGAAAGAUCUACUUCUGUGGACUUGUACGAAUUGGUGCAUGGCCGCAUCCAAGUUGGUUGCAUUUAAUAAAAAUAGCACUUGAAGGAAAAUAAGAAGAAAAAGAAACAAGGACAUUUUGAUGAAAUUGCAUGAGGAUGAGCCGCGGUUCCCCUCUGAACAGCCUUCAACGACGUACAACCGGCGCAAGAUCAUUCCUUGUUCCCGCGAGUUCAGGCCUACGCUCCCCGAGCUGAGUUUGGCGGCGUCGUCUUAUUCACGGCGGCAGCCCCUCCUUCACUUGAGCUGCCACUUCAGCUAGCCUUUGAGGACCAGUGUCGUUUGCGUCUGUGGUAGUUGCAAGUUCUAUUCAUGGUUUUUAAUUGACUCUGGGAUAAAGGUUUUUAGCAUAGAAUUUUACGCAGUUUCAAGGGCAAAGUAUGAUCCAUGCUUGCCUCCACAUUUUAUAAGCCAUUGAAUUUUGGAGUAGUAACAACUAGAUUAUUCUCGUGUUUUCGACCAAAAGUUGUGUGUAAGAACUUUAUCCGGAAGAUCCAAAUGGGAACUAAUCAGAAUUCCAUCUCAAGAGGUUCUAGCAGCAACUCUAGAGGAGCCUUGGUGGUUCUAGAAGGGUUGGAUAGAUGUGGGAAGACUACGCAGUCCAGUAGAUUAACCCAGUACUUAGAAGGACUUGGCCAUUCUGUUGAACUAUGGCGGUUUCCUGACAGAACCACUAGCGUUGGACAGAUGAUAUCUUCCUAUCUUUCUAAUGAAUCACAGCUGGAUGACCACACAGUACAUCUUCUUUUCAGUGCUAACCGAUGGGAGAAGAGAUCCUUAAUGGAAACUAAGUUGAAAGGUGGAACCACUCUUAUUCUUGAUCGGUAUUCUUACUCAGGGGUGGCCUUUUCAUGUGCCAAAGGACUUGACCUUGAAUGGUGUAAGGCGCCAGAGGUUGGCUUGCCAGCUCCAGAUCUAGUACUUUACCUAGAAAUAUCUCCAGAGAUGGCUGCAGAAAGAGGAGGAUAUGGAAGUGAGAGAUACGAGCGGAUAGACUUCCAGAACAAAGUUAUUAAGUCCUAUCAAGUUUUGCUUGGUUCUAAUUGGCAGAUUGUUGAUGCUUGCCGACCCAUGGAAGUUAUCGAGAAAGAGCUACAGGAGACUGUCCUGGACUGUGUCAAGAAAUGCCAAAAUGGGGCACCUCUUUCCCAUCUUUGGUCAAAUUGAUGCAUUCUUCUGAAGCUUGAGUGGUUUUCUUUUUCAUUAACCCUAAUGUUUUUAUUUCGAACAUGUUCAGAACUUGGUGGCUUUUCUUACGUGUUUUAUGUUUCUUUGAACAUUUAUAUAAGUUUAAUUUGGCGUUCCUUUCUCACAAAGUUCUAAUUUUCAAGCAUUAUAGACUAUAGAAUUAUGAAUUGCUGAGAUUCUUCUUAUUAUUGACAAAA